GUAAGAUGAGCAGUAGAAAAUAUUGUUUUCUGAGCGGUAUCGCCGUUUGGUCUGGUAUAUGUUUACUGCCGUCUCUCCGAUACUACGGUAAAAACUACCAGACUGCACAGCUCACAUCCAAGAAGACAAUACUUUUCAUAGCCACCACUGUUAUAGCUCUUAUCCCAUAAACAGUGCUACGUUCGAGCAGUGCACACAGGAAGAAUGGAAGCUGGUGUCCUUCGUGUGGCAACAUCGAUCUGUAUCACAGUACCGUUAAGCUAGUGCGGGAAUACAAUUACGGGCUGCGGUUAAGACUAGAAUGGGAGAACAGUACUGUAGCAAUGACACCUCUUGCAAAGUACACAUGUAAGACCAAGAAGGUAAGGGAAGGAAAUGGUUGGAACUCGCUUAUGGUCAGUGCUAUUCUUUGGUAUCAGCGGCACUCAGCCUUCGCAUUCUUCUGCCGCAGUUCCUGUAACUGCUUUUGGAAUUUCGACCUUCUGGCCGCUGUUUGGGAACCACGACACUACAGUACCCACCGACCAGGGAUCGGCACCGACGCAGCAACAUCGCGAGCAGUUGGCGCGGUCGACAAGCGAGUGUCAGCAGCAGCACACGCGCGCCAGCUGUACGCACAGUAGCAAAGGUUGGUUGUUGCGCUGAGCCCCACCCCCCAGGCCGUUGGGAGGGGUGCCAAGAAUGACUCAGUGGAGCGCAGUAAUGAUAAGGUGUCCCGUACGUUGGAGACGGGCCCCCUCAUUACACGACAGACACCAGUGUCAAGUGCUGUGUUUGUGCCUCAAGGAAUACUCAAGAAUAUUCGUCGAUUUCUUACUCCCCGCGCAGGUUGUUUGUGUUGUCCUACAUGACGUAGCCACGAAGUUGUUAAGACUGCGUUACCGGCGUACAGUGUCAAGGAUUUUGUGCAGGCUAUGUAAGACGAGAUAAGUUUAAAGGACAAUAUUUUUGCCAACUUUAUCGCCAAUAUUGUUAUUGAGUGAUUAGUUUAAGCUGUCAUUGCCUGUUGUUCUCUAUUCGCUGGUCUGUUUAAUUACGAAAUAACUAAAAAACACACACACAAACAAGUGAAGUUUCUAAUAGGAUAUCAAUACGUCCACUCCGAAUGAAGACAUUCACGAACAGUGACGUCAUGAAAUGAGUUCGAUUAACCGUAUAAUUCACUUCAGUGUGUAAUUCAAGAACCAGUACGGGCAAUUAAAUUAGUGUAUGAACCUGCCCUCUUAGAGCUGUGCUGCUGUGACUACAGUAAUUUCUAUUUCCAUUGACCAAAGCCUUGAACUGAUGGUUUGUUACUAGGAGCCGAGAAGUUUUAAAUACACUUCUGUUAGUUUGAUGUGCAUCAGUUAGAAGUCAGAAGAAGUGAAUUAUGUACUGGCGUUAACAGAUAAACAAGUUGAGAAAAACAAAGUAACCAAGAUAUCCUACAAUUAAUCACCACAGAUAUGUUAUCAUUUAUGCAAUAACUGUUAAUUAGAAUCGUACAUCAUCACUUUGAACAGACUAGUUUUUCCUUAAUUAUAAUCUGUAUUCGUUUUCCAUGAGCGACGGAAGGUAAACAUCGUAACAUGAAAAGCAUGUUAAUUCGUUGCACCGAAUGACAGAGUAUAGCAGUCAGCAUCGGCUCUUGGUUACGUAAUCAAUCAUUCUAACGGCACAAAAGGUGGAAGAGAUCAGAUACUAUCUACUUCGUCCAUUAGACUGAGAAGUCGUGAAGGAAACAAGAUAGCAUCGUCCCGGGACUGUUGUCAGGAAGUGCUCUGUUGAUGUCGCAUGUUGUAGUCUGUUCCUAUAUGUUUAGAAGUGCAGACAGAAUGGCAAACGAGAAUCGCCGAUGCAGAUCUGCUGACCAGAGUCGCUCGGGUCGCGCGGUGAUUCUGGUGCAAAUCAUAUCGUGGUGUGCAGUUGGUGCUCUGUUAAUACUUCGGGGUGUUACCACGCUAACCAGUGACGACACAUUUUCUAGCACGGGCAACAGGAUCUCAUCUGUGUCAGAAACUAGCAGGAAUUUUAACGGCACGAAGAGCGACAGAGAAACAGAUGGACCUGAAGGUACAGCGGAAAAAGAAGGAAUUGUUGAACACAAUUCAACAUCCGCAGAGACAAAGAAAAUGAUGCGCAGUCCACACAAGGGGUCUAAAAUCAACCCCACGUCAGCCAUUUUGAUAACAGUGGGAACAACGAUGUUGGUGAUAGGGCCCACUCUGCUACUUGCGCGGUGUAUCGACACAAGAAGACAAGGCCGGCAAGCAGUCAAGUUUUGGAAGGUGGAUCCCCCUCCUAGCUACGAGGAAGUGGUUGAUAAGGCUCCACGUUAUUCCUCCCUGUUCCAGGUCACGGACUCAGGAGACGUGGUGCCCGUGCCGACUCACGCUGGCGGUAGCAAUGCAAGCGUUCCCGUAUGAUUAUCAUGCAAACUCGAAAACUCACAAUGGCAUACACGUCCGCCAUCAGCGUCACCAGCGUCACCACCUAGGUUCCAUACGAGUGCACCAUCAGCGCUAAUUGUCACCUGACCGUCUCCACACUAGUGCACCAUCAGCGCUACUUGUGUCACCUGACAGUGUCCACACUUGUGCACCAUCAGCUCUACUUGUGUCACCUGAGAGUGUCCACACUUGUGCACCAUCAGCACUAAUUGUCACCUGACCGUGUCCACACUAGUGCACCACCAGCGCAACUUGGUCACCUGACCGUGUCCACACUAGUGCACCACCAGCGCAACCUUGUCAGCUGGCAGUGUCCACACUAGUGCACCAUCAGCGCUACUUUUGUCACCUGACAGUAUACACACUAAUGCGCCAUCAGCGCAAAUUUGUCACCGGACAGUGUCCACACUAGUGCACCAUCAGCGCUACUUUUGUCACGUGACAGUGUCCACACUUGUGCACCAUCAGCUCUACUUGUGUCACCUGAGAGUGUCCACACUUGUGCACCAUCAGCACUAAUUGUCACCUGACCGUGUCCACACUAGCGCACCACCAGCGCAACUUGGUCACCUGGCAGUGUCCACACUAGUGCACCACCAGCGCAACUUGGUCACCUGGCAGUGUCCACACUAGUGCACCACCAGCGCAAUUUGGUCACCUGGCAGUGUCCACACUAAUGCACCAUCAGCGCUACUUGUGUCACCUGACAAUGUCCACACUAGUGCGCCACCAGAGCUACUUGUGUCACCUGACAGUGCCCACACUAGUGCACAACCAGCGCUAUUUGUGUCACCUGACUGUACCCACACUAGUGCGCCACUAGCGCUACUUGUGUCAGCUGACAGUGUCCACACGAAUGCGCGAAAUAUGUCUGCUGACAGUAGCCAAACGACUUCCUAGUCAGUAUAAUUGUUGUUACCAGAUAUUUGCCUUGGGAGUGCUAGGCUUGUAUUGUAUUGUAUUGUGUUGCCUGCGGAGCAUGUGUGAAAGAGACUUAACGUUCUUGACAACUGGAAUAUAACUACACUUUCUAGUCUGUAUUAAGUUACACAUGCGGAUUAAAACUAUUGGAUGUCA